UUUUGUGCGGCUUUUGCUUGUGCACAAAGAAGAGACGAAGAGAGCGAGCAAGAAGAGAGUGCAUAAAGUGACGACGAAAAUGAGAGCAGCUCGGCAUCUUGCUGACCUUUUCUUGAUAAGCAACUACAGUUGUAGCUGAAGCUGGAGAAACUGUUUGAAGGAAUUCUGUUAUUAUCAUUGCUUGUAGCUCCGUUAUACUCAGCUAGCUAAUUGUGAUACACGAGCCGUCAAAACGUGACAAAUUACAAAUUGUUUUGCUACUGAACUAUUUUCGGGCCAAGCCGGGCGUGUUUAGUGCAGUUCAGUUAACAUUGAUAGUUCGUUCAGCUCACAUGCAAUAAAACAUUUAAGCAGUUAAGUAGCUAAAAUUGAUUUUUAAAUGGUGCACAAGUCAUGGAGUCUGCCCCGCCAGCUGACAACGCUAGAAGUUGGCGCCACAGCUGAGACAGUGGAAUCUUCUACAACAAAUUGCCGCCUUUUUGGUUCAGCUCGACUCACUUACACUCUCUGCGCCUUUUUCUACAAUGCUCUUCAAAUGGGUAUGCGCAACAUGCUGGGCCUCAUCAUUUUGCGCAUGGUCAUGCCGCGUCAAGGGGAAUCGUUGGUGGUAACAUUGGAGCAGAAGUUGUUUAACCUUACUGAUAUUACACCAAGCUGUAAGAAUACGGUGCUGCCGGUGGACAGCCUCGAUGUUGCGCAGUCUGGUGAUUUGCCAUGGACCCGCAGUCAAGAGCUAACUUUUCCUGGAACUUUCUACUACGGCUUUGUUGUUGCCUUGCCCUUGGCAGGACUGCUGGCGGACAGAUUUGGUGGCAAAAAGUUGUUUAUUAAUUCAAUGGCAUUAAAUGGCUUAACAUAUAUAGCGCUACCCUUGUUGGCUCAUCAUAGUUACGCCGUAGCGGUCAGCAUUCUUGUUAUAUCCGGCUUGUGUACGGGCUGCGGCAAUCCACCUUUGUAUCAGCUGUUUGUGGUUUGGGCUCAUCCCGAGGAACGCACUACACUACUCUCCUUUGCCUACAGUGGAAAUAUAAUAGGCACCAUGUGCAUCUAUCCAUUGGCAAACUAUUUAAGCGACUACGGCUGGAGAGUGCCCUUCUAUGUGCUCGGAGCUACAACUCUGUUAUUCGCUGUACUUUGCAAUUGGUUGGUCUACAAUAGUUUGGAUGAGCAUCCACGCCUGAGUGCAGCCGAAAAAGCGUAUUUACUCUCCACACAGCAGUUGGAUGCUACACAAAAUUUCAGCAUACCCUGGACAGCUUUGUUGACCUCUAUGCCUGUGUAUGCUUUUGUGCUUACCCACAUCUUUCAUAGUUAUGGUUUUCUGCUCGUCGCGCUGGUCCUACCACGUUUCAUGCGUGAAGCCAUGCAGUAUAACAUGAAAGAGAUUGGUCUACUCGCUUCGGCGCCAUUUCUGGGUAGCUUACUCUCAAAGUUUAUUUGUGUUUUGAGCUGUGCAUUUAUAGAGCGCAGCUUUGCCGAUUAUCUGAACGGGCUGCGUCGUCUCUUAUACGUCAUUUGUAAUAUUGUUGCCAUCAUUUGUAUUGGCGCAAUUAUAUAUGCCAGCUGUGAACAGAAAACACUUGUUCUCAUGAUGUUUGUUGUGCUGGGCGCUUUUGCAGAUUUAGCUUUCAGUGCUGGAUACUGGCCCAGUUUAUUAUAUAUAGCGCCUUCGUUUUCUGGCUUGUUGUCCGGUCUAGCCAACUGUCUUGCACAUCUUUCCGGAUUUCUAGCUCCCAUACUGAUCAGCAGCUUGGUGCACAUUGGACUUAAAGCGGAGUGGGAUUUUGUCUUGUUAUCUUUAAUAGUUUUUAAUGUAUUAGGCAUACUUGUUUUUGGAUUCUUUGGCAGUUCAUCGCUGCAAUCAUGGGAUCCACGUAGUCAAAGUUUAGCUACAAGCUCAAGCCCUACCACUUAUAAUAGGAAAACCCAAAAUUAGUAUGCAUUUAUGUCCACAUUUUUAUUAUGUUCUAAAUUUGUUGACUCCUGCGUAAAAUAUUUUUUAAAUCUCACGUUUGUUAUAAAAGGUAGUGCGUAAUUUGUAGUUUAUACAUAUUUUUGUGACAGUCUAUUUUCAUUGUUAAUACCGAAAUACGUCACGUUUCUUUAAGCUCUGUACAAUAAAAUUUAUAUGUUUAUUUUUAAAUAAAAACGGCUAAUUGAGU